AGCUUAUUACAUUUUUGAACCUCUUCUAUGAAACUGGUAUCUUAGGCUAGGGAGAGAUGGAGCCUCGCAGUACAGAAUACACUCGUAAAGCUUGGAUAUACGUGAUAUGCCUACUAAUUACUCUGGAUUGCUAUUUCCACGUGCUCGUGUAUUACGAUGUAUUGUUUCCACCACGGGAGAGCUUACCGAAGAAAAGAAACUCUUAUAAUGUUUUUGAGACACAUUACCCAAAGUUUGAGGUGGAUGAAUAUUAUAUGUAUCCACUAGUUUUUAAAGCAAAAGUCUCAAUGUGGUAUGGAUGUGAUCCAUACAACUCUUCAUACUAUUGGUUUACUUCCAUGAAACCCUUUUUCAAAGAUGUCGGCGCUGAGGCAAGGCCAAGAUACUUAAACGACACGCCGAUUUGUAAAUUAAAUACAUCUUUCGCGCCAAUAACAGUGGCCAAUAAAACUGAACCUAAGGUCGUCGGGUUUGAGCAACAGAAACCUGAUGUGAAACUGGGAGGAUAUUAUGCGCCUACGCACUGCCGUGCUGCCAGCAAAGUCGCUGUCAUCAUACCGUAUCGAGAUCGAUGUGUGAAUUUUAAGAGCCUACUUCGUUACCUCCAUGCGCUGCUCCAAAAACAGCUAGUGGAGUACAGGAUAUUUGUUAUUGAACAGUUUGGAACAGAAAAGGUUAACAAGGGCCGGCUGUACAACAUCGCGUUCCUGGAGACGCAGCGGUUCGGCUCGUGGGACUGCCUGGUGUUCCACGACAUGGAUCGCAUCGUGGAGGACAAGGACAUCCCCUACUCCUGCCUUCAACGCCCCGAGAACUUCUCACCUAGCGUAGAACUUUAUGGAUUUAGGGAAUACCGAUCUGCCAUCGGUAGUGUGACGGCGGUUUCUCCGAAGGACUACGAAGCUAUGGGAGGCUAUUCUAAUACACAUCCAGAGAGAGAAGAAGAAUUCUACAACAGCCCUCAACUCUUUGGGAUCCCAUCGCCAACGGACCUCAGAAGUACAAAGUACCAUCUACUAAAUGUCACCGAAGAAAAACUCUACACCCAUAUCUUAGCAGACGCGAGUGUAUUUAUUCAUUAUUUAGGCUACAAACAAACUAAUUAACUAACAAAAAAUGUUUAAGAGUAAACUGAGCCGAACCUUUACAAUGUCUGAUUUUUUCAACAUUUGUUAUUCUAAGUUUGGAUUUGAUAAUUUGUAUGUUGUUGUUAUUAAAUAUUUAAAAAAGAA